AUGAAGUCCUUCACCUCCGCCAUCAUUUUAGCCCUCGCAGCCGCCGCCUCCGCCGCCCCUUCGCGCCACUCCAAACGUCAAGACCCAACCUGCAUCGUCCAAACCGUCGUCGGCGCCGACACCACCGCCGUCGCCGCCAGCAUCAACCAAUGGUUCGCCGACGUCAACGCCGUCAACGCCUUCCUCAACACCGCCCUCACCCUCGACCCCACCACCCUCCAAUCCCAUGCCCAGGCCGCCCUGCUCAACGCCCAGGACGAGCCCUGCCAGCUCAUGACCCUCACCAGCACCAGCGACCUUGGGUCGGACGUCACGGACGCCUUCGAGUGCGCAGGCCAGGACCUCAUGCGCGUGUUCGGCGACCACGUCAUCACGAACCUCAACACCAUCAUCGCGGCGCCGAAUAACACGGUCGCUGUCACGGCGGCGGUGGACGACAUCAACGACUUCCGCUGCUGCAACGUGCUGUCGGACGCGAGUAUCCUGUGGUUGGACAACGCGGCGGAUAAUGGCCUGGUGGGGACGGUGCCGACGCAGGCGCCGCCGGAGGAUGCGUGUGCGGGUAUUACGUGCACGCAGGCGUGUACGGGGUUGGAUAAUGGGAGUUUCGGGACUGUGAGUGGGCCGUAG